AUGCGCAGACCGAGGCGGCUCCGCGGCUGCGCGGGCUGCGGGCGGGGGACGGGCCGGCGCGUCCUAAAGGCGGCGGAGGCGGCGAGGGGCGGCCGGGGACCUCGAGGCCGCGUGCGGGGCGACGCGGGCGCCGACGAAGCGGUGCGGCGCCACGACUCCUCCUACGGCACCUUCGCCGGGGAGUUCUACGACCUGCGCUACCUGUCGGAGGAAGGUUACCCUUUCCCUACUGCUCCUCCUGUGGAUCCAUUUGCCAAAAUCAAAGUGGAUGACUGUGGUAAAACUAAGGGAUGCUUUAGAUACGGGAAACCAGGCUGCAAUGCAGAGACCUGUGACUACUUCCUUAGCUACCGGAUAAUAGGGGCCGAUGUGGAAUUUGAGCUGAGUGCGGACACAGAUGGCUGGGUAGCAGUUGGAUUCUCUUCAGACAGGAAAAUGGGUGGUGACGAUGUCAUGGCCUGCGUCCAUGAUGACAAUGGCAGGGUCCGCAUACAGCACUUCUACAACGUAGGCCAGUGGGCAAAGGAGAUCCAGAGGAAUCCUGCCAGAGAUGAAGAAGGAGUGUAUGAGAACAAUCGAGUCACCUGCAGAUUUAAACGCCCUGUGAAUGUUCCCAGAGAUGAAACGAUUGUCGACCUGCAUUUGAGUUGGUAUUAUCUGUUUGCUUGGGGCCCAGCCAUUCAGGGCUCUAUCACCCGACACGAUAUAGACUCACCACCUACUUCUGAGCGUGUUGUCAGUAUUUACAAGUAUGAAGACAUUUUUAUGCCAUCAGCUGCCUACCAGACCUUCUCCUCUCCAUUUUGUUUGCUUCUCAUUGUUGCCCUGACUUUCUACUUAUUGAUGGGAACCCCUUAAUCGCAGCUGCAAAGCCAACACAUUCAAUGGAUUAGAAAGUCUUCAGUAUAU